GCACAGCUAUUAGCGAUAGGCCUAAGGCAAAGCCAGUGUCUAAGAAGGAUGGCAAGAUGUUGCGUAAAACGUGCACCCAGUCCACAGUUACAUCCGCUGCGUCGAGUGUAAAUAGCUCAGCGGCAGCCUUACACCAGUCACAGCAGCCAAUAUUUAGGCAAAAUCAAAUGGUAUCCAUCUACAACAACUUGCCCUUUGUAAAGAACGAAACGACUCCCAGCAUACAAACUCAGCAUGCUAUCAUGAAUCAUAUGGUAUUUGCGGCCCAACAACAUCAACAGCAACAACAGCAGCAGCAGCAACAGCAACAGCCUCAAAUUGCUUUGGACAUUUCGCAGCAAGGUGUUAUUGCUCUAAGCAACUCACCAGCAUCGCCUUUAGCUUCUCCUUCCUCUGGCACGGUGGCAUUAUACAAUCCCCAGCAACAGCAACAACAGCAGUUGCAACAGCUUAUGGAACUUCAGUCUGCCGAACAACAACAACAGCACCAAUUGCAACAGGAGCUGCAACAUCAACAGCCGGAAAGUGAGCAAACUGCACAAGAGAUUCAAGAUGCACUCGAUGCUGCCUUGUCUGACUCGAAGAUGGCCGUUACCGAAUCUCUGAAUGCUUUAAGCAAAGCCAAUGCUGCCGCAGCAGCUGCUGCUGUUGCCAAAGCUUGUGGAUUGAAUCCUGCUGAACAACAGGAAUGUUUGAAGAAGCUUCAAGAGGGUUGGCAAAUAGUUGAUCUGCGUCAACGUAUAUUCCACAAACAACCAAAGUCACCUACGGAAACACCACCCGAUAAACAAUUAAUGGAUGGCGGGCAGAUAGAUAGCGGUGCCAGCGUCGGCAUUGAGGAUUCACCAGAAAUGAUGGGCGAUGCCAAUAAUGAAAUGAAAAACUUGGCAACACUUUGUACAGCGGCUGCCCAAGCAGCUGCGGUUAAUGUUGCCCCCGACACCGAAGGAAGAGUCGGAGGAGGAGGUGGCGAUGAAGUAGCAACCAAAAAAGAAUUGGAUGGCUUUUUAUUAAACAAUGUUGUCAACACUAGUGGUGCUGGUGGUGGCGGCGGCCAAACGCAAACUAAGAAACAACGUAAAUUGUCGAAGAAAGAAAAAUUGGCCCAACAAUUGUCUGCUGCUGCUGCUGCCGCGGCAGCUGCGGCUAAAGCGGCCUCCGAACAACAGCAGCGCCAGUUGGAUGCCGAGCGCCGAAAUUCUUACGAUGACCAUUCCUUAGCCUCGGAAGAGUGUUUGCCCGAAGAUGAAACCAAUUCGGAUGUUGAGCAACAACAGCACCUGGACGAAGAUAUGAAGGCCAUGCAAGAAUACACUGAUGUUGAUGAAAAUCAAUUGAAAUCCCCCUCAAAAGGUAUUAAGCCAAUUUCCCAACGUUUGGAGAAUCUCAUACUAUCAAAUGCCACCCUAAAACCCGGUGACUUAUCACAAGCCUUUACCGACUUGCGUCAAGAGAUUGGUGCGGGUGCGAGUAGUGAUAUCCUCACUGUAUUCCCACAAAAUAUGAAUUUGAAAUUUAGCGGCAACACUGCUCUGAGUAAUGUCUUACAACAGCACUUAGCAGCCGUUAAGCAAAUAGGCAGCGAUACUCAAGAUUCCUGUGGAAAUGAUGGCGAUAUAUUAAAAGUUGGCGGAGCGAGUGCUAACGAAGGAGAUUUGGACACAAACUCUGUUCAUGGUACCGGCAAUGGCAAUGAAUUAAUGUAUCCCGCAACCAUGGACGCUGACACCUUGGAACAAUUCGCUAAUUCCGCUGCCGGUUUAGAUGCGUCUGCUGAUGGUCAGGAUCAUCAGCAGCAUAAUGUGGCUGCCGGUGACGAUCAGCAAGUUGAAGAGGGUAUGCGCGAAGAAAUGUAUGACAUUGAAGUGGAAAUGGAUGAGUUCUUUCAUGUCAUACAAAACGUACAGGACCCCGCAUUGCAAGAAUUUGCCAGCAAUCUUAGCUGCAGUGAAUUGAAUCAAAUUGGUAGUUACAGUUCCAUGAUCAAGGAUCGCUGGAAUGGUAAUGGCAGCGGAAAUUGGGCCUUGACACCCAAGUGGACUAGUCAAGAUCAUUUAAUGAGUGCUGCAGCUGCCGCCCAACAUCAACAGCAACAGCAACAACAGGGCGUCCUGACUGCCAGUGAGGAAGAAGAACAACUUCAGCAACAAGAACAACAGCGACAAGCCAAUCAACUGCUUUUAGAUUAUCAGCUUCAACAACAAUUGCAUCAACGAUUUGCCGAUGCCGAUGAAAUGCAAAUGCAGCAUCAACAUCAGCCCACAACAUUGUCAUUGAUACCUUUCUGCUCGGAGGAUGUUGCAGCGGCUGCCGCUCAACAGCAACAACUGCAACCAACACUGCCUACUACAACACAAGAUACCGUCACUGAAUAUCAAUUGCAGCAACAGCACCAACAUUUGGGUUUGGACCAUGAAUUGAAGCAGCACAUACAACAACUGCAACAACAACAGCAAACAAAUGUUCGCCUCCUGAAUGCUGUAGCCGCCGCGGCUGCUAAUCAGCGCCAACAGCAAAGCAUUAACGGCCAGCAGCAGCCACAAAACUUGGGAAAUGCCAAUACAAAUUUCGUAUUCAACGUUGACGGUAGUGGUGGUGUGACAGACAAAUCGUCGCAGUCUCUGCAACUGCUAUUUCAACUACCUCCAGCCGUACAUCAGCAACAGUUACAACAGCAACCAGAUCAAGAUCAGCUUGAAGAUGAAGUGGCUACGACAGCGCAACAACUGCAGCAUCUAAAAAUGCACCAUCAGGAGUUGCAGGAUCAAAAGAAACAACAGCAAGAGCAGCUGAAGCUAUUGCAACAGGAGCAACAAAUGUUGCAGGAUCUGUCGCAAGCUGAAAGCCUUAUGCAACAGCAGCAGCAACAACAAGAGCAACACAUACAGCAACAACAACAUCAGCAACAAAACACUCUGGAACAGGUGGCUCAAAACAAUUUGUUGUUACAACAGCAGGCAGCUCUGGCACAGCAAGUACUCAGCCAGCAGGUCUUGAAACAGAAACAACAACAGUUGUUGCUGCAACAACAACAACAGCAAUCAACACAGGUUCAAGUUGCUACACAAACUCAGCCCUCGGUUGUUGUACCUCAUCCAAAUGCUGUUCAAACUGCCCGUGGAGUAAACCAAUUUUGUCCCACCCUCUCCAACAUGGCGGCAGCGGUUGACGUCGGUUUGGGUAGCGUCUGUGCGUUAACAGCCCAGCAACAACAACAACAACAGCAGCAGCAACACCAAUCCCAACAGCAAAUGGCGGUAGCAGCCGCAGCUGCGGCCGCGGCUGCUGUCCAACAGCAACAACAACAGCCUCAACUUCCAACAACCGCUCCACUGAGUUCAGCUUUGACACAGGUCGCUGCAAAUGGAUCUGUUCCAGCAGCUCCGCAAGCAUCCACCAGUUCAAGUGGCAGUAGCAAAAUGCCCGGCGGUAUUGCUAAAAAGGUUAUCGAUAAGCAGUCGCGUAAAGAGCGCAAUCGAUAUUCCCUGCUACGUACAGCUGCCGGCAGUCAAGCCAAUGCUGUUGCCCAACAACAAUACCAGCAAACUGUGGCCGCCACAACUACUUUGGAUAAAACCAUCGAUGUGGACUCUGAAACCGACUCCAAUCAUGAUACCGCUCUCACUUUGGCCUGUGCAGGUGGCCAUGAAGAAUUAGUAGAGUUGCUAAUAAAUCGUGGAGCCAACAUUGAACAUCGCGAUAAAAAGGGCUUUACGCCACUGAUAUUGGCCGCCACAGCCGGCCACGAAAAGGUCGUGGAUAUUUUACUGAAACAUGGGGCCGACUUGGAAGCUCAAUCAGAACGUACCAAGGAUACACCUCUGUCCUUGGCCUGUUCUGGAGGACGCUACGAAGUAGUGGAACUUUUACUCAGUGUAGGUGCCAAUAAGGAGCAUCGCAAUGUUUCGGACUACACACCACUCAGUUUGGCUGCCAGUGGAGGUUAUGUGAACAUCAUUAAAUUGUUGUUGAGCAAUGGAGCCGAAAUCAAUUCUCGAACCGGCAGUAAACUGGGAAUAUCACCUUUAAUGCUAGCUGCCAUGAAUGGACAUACAGCAGCCGUGAAAUUGUUGCUCGAUCAAGGCUCUGACAUUAAUGCUCAGAUAGAGACAAAUCGUAAUACCGCCUUGACACUGGCUUGCUUCCAAGGAAGACAUGAAGUUGUAAGUUUGCUUUUAGAUCGAAAAGCCAACGUGGAGCAUAGAGCCAAGACCGGCUUAACGCCCUUAAUGGAGGCAGCUUCCGGUGGCUAUAUAGAGGUGGGUAGGGUUUUGCUUGAUAAGGGGGCCGAUGUUAAUGCGGCGCCAGUGCCCACGUCCAGAGACACAGCAUUAACCAUAGCCGCCGACAAGGGUCAUUUGAAAUUUGUUGAGCUUUUGCUUUCGCGUGGAGCAGCUGUCGAGGUAAAGAACAAGAAAGGCAACUCUCCCCUGUGGUUGGCCGCACACGGCGGCCAUUUGAGCGUUGUGGAAAUAUUGUAUGCUCACAGCGCCGACAUUGAUUCGCAAGAUAACCGCCGAGUUUCCUGUCUAAUGGCCGCAUUUCGUAAGGGCCACACCAAAGUUGUCAAAUGGAUGGUGCAGUAUGUUACCCAAUUCCCAUCGGAUCAAGAGAUGAAUCGCUUCAUCUCGACCAUCAGCGAUAAGGAGUUGUCGGAGAAAUGCUACGACUGUAUGAAGAUUAUACGAGCGGCCAAAGAAGCACAAGCUGUCAAGGCCAACAAAAAUGCCUCCAUUUUGCUUGAGGAGUUAGACAUGGAGCGCACCAGGGAGGAGAGCAAACGGGCAGCAGCCGCGAGAAGACGCGAACGUAAAAAGAAGAAGAAGAUGGAAAAGAAGGAGGAAAAACGUCGACAAAUGGAGGAGGCCACCGGCAGUGGCGGUGGAGCUCAGCGCAAACGCCAGCAAAGCCAAGAUGAUGAUGAUGACAAAGAUUCCGACAAAGAAGAUGACUCUGAAAACGAAGAUAAUAAUGUGGCCGAUGACGAUGAUGAGCAGCAGAAUCCCCAAAAUUAUCGCGAAGAAGGUGACUCUGGCAUCGACCAGGGGUCCUGCUCGAGCACAGACAUUAAAGGCGGCGGGCCCGGUGGAAAUAACCAAAGUACUGAAAAAUCAGCCGCUGGUGGCAAAAAUAAGAAUAAGAAGAAAAAUAAACAGCAGCAGGCAGCACAACAAAAUACCCGUAAUAGUAGUCCGGUCAUUGAAGAACCGCAUAUACCACAAGCAUCGGUAGCAGCUUCGACGACCACUAAACAGCAGCAACAGCAACAGAAAAAGAAAGACGAGAGCAAGGUCUCAGCGAGCAACAAGAAAUCCCAGGACUCAAAUACCACUCUCACUGCAAAGCCACAAGUCGCGAGCAACAAUUCUUCGAACAAGAAAGUCGAAAGCCAACAGCCGAAGAAAGAAGAGGCUGUCAUUAGUAGUGGCAAUACUGUGUCGUCCAGCCAAGCGAAAAAUAAAAAGGAUUCAAACAAGCAGAAAGAAAAGGAAAAUUUAGCACCCAAAGAACUAGCGGCCGCAGGAACGGCUUUGCUACAGCAACAACAACAAACCAGCACUACAAAACUGCAACAGCAAAGCACUGCAUCAUCUCAUGCGCAACACAUCCAACAGCAGCAGCAGCCGCCCAAAACGACUGAAACCGCCACAAAUCGCAAGACCCUGAUUUACUCUGCUGGUAGUAAAGUAGCCGAUGAACGCAAAGAUACCGACAUCGUUACAAGUGGAACAGCAACGACUGCUACCACCAAACCCCAUUCGGCCACCAUUCCAGCACCUAAAAGAGGCGAAGAUGGUUGGAAGGAAGUCGUAAGGAAAAGCUCAACCCAACAGGCUUCAAGUGCUGCUGUAGUGACCUCUUCCGUUACCACCUCUACGGUUAGUACAACUGGCAGCAGUAACAGCAGCAGCAAUUGCUCUACCACAACAUCAGCCACAUCCUCAUCAUCAUCCUCCUCGUCGUCGUCAACGUGCAUCACUGUGCCGGGCGUGUCUACCACUACCACAGUAACUUCCACUAUGCCCGAAACGAUCUGCAAGAAAGUUCAAGUUCCUGUCAAUGCGAUAUCUCGUGUUAUUGGCCGUGCCGGCAGCAAUAUCAAUGCCAUACGUGCCACAACGGGAGCGCACAUUGAGGUCGAGAAGCAGGGUAAAAAUCAAUUGGAACGUAGCAUAACCAUUAAGGGCCUUACAGAAGCCACUAAACAAGCUCACAUGCUAAUAUUAGCCCUUAUAAAGGAUCCGGAUGUGGACAUUUUCCAAAUGCUUCCUCGCCUUAAUAAUAAUAAUAAUAAAGCGAAUGUUGUACCACCAGCCGCAACAACUUCCCCCGCAUCGGUUAUGUCUUCGAUUGCCACAAUGCAGGUGGGAACGUGGGAUAAUAAAACGGCUUUGCAAGCCUCAGCUUCCAGCAGUAUUGGUCAACAACAUAGUAUGUCCUCGGGCUCAUCUACAUCAUCCUCGGUUUCCUCAAUACCUGGCGGAAAUAACGUACAGCCCGCCAAGACUGUAGGCAGCAAUGCAAAUACCAAGGCCAAUAACAACAAAAUCGCGGGUGUUGCCACUAAUGCACCCAAAGUUGCAGCGAGUCGUACGCAACCUUCAAAACCCUUUUAUUCCCAACAAACAACAGUCACUCGUGGUAGUGGGCCAGGCGGUGUGGGGGCCUCUGGUGGGAAUUUGUCAAAUCAAGGCAAGCAUAAAGAUGUCAUUGCUAAGAUAUUAACAUCUACUACCUACAAUAGCACACAAAAAUCGGCAUCUUCGCUGACGGGCAAAGCGUCGGUCAUAAAUAGCCAAACGUUUGCAGCAAAAUUGCUUACGGGAGCUUCGGCUCAGUCAGCAUUGGCGGGCGGAAAUAAUUUAUCUCCAACCAAGAAAACGGAACUCGGAGGUCUUCAGCGUCCUGGCAUCACGGCACCAUAUGGUAGAGGCAAACCCGUGCCAAGUUCCACCAUACCGUCCUUAGGAGGAAGCGGACAUUCAAACAACACCAACAAUACCUUAGCUGGGCCCAUUGGUACAUUCAACGUAGCCGAAGCAGCAGCAGCAGUUGCCGCAGCAAAUGCCGCAGCCGCUGCAGCCAACAACAACAACGCCGCAGUUGGCAGUGUUCCUCGUUCCGUGACACCCAUAGGACCGCCGAAUAAACAAAGAGCUUCAACACCUACAUCGCAAUUGGGUCAACAGGCCCAACAUCAUGUUGCUAUGAGUGCCAGUGGCGUCCCUUCAACAUCGCAAAGUUUACACAUUAACACUGGCACAAUGGGUGAUGGCAGUGUGCCCACAUCCGUUUCUGCUGCAAUGGCCACUUCGGGUGCUACUUUCGGUACACAGCUGGCAUCAAAAAUAAGCAGCGAAUAUUCUUUGUUCAACGACUACCAUCAGACGCAAUGGGGCACUGCAGACACAUCGCAAGUUUACACCAAUCCCAACCCCUUGGUCAAUGAUAGUUUGCCUCAAGCCGAUGCUUCUAAGGCACCAGGCUACAAUCGCAACAUACUAAGUUCGCCGGUGGGAAGCUCAAAGGCAUCAUCAAGUCAUUCGACGACUCCACCUGGCACUAGCAAUUUGAAUAUGUCAACUCAGCAAACAUUAACCAUAUUAUCGGAAACGGGUGUAGCGCCUAUUGGAUCCGGUGUACAAACUGCACGUAGUCCCGGAGCUAUAUCAAAUAUGAGUGCUGGUGGUGGUGGAAGUGUUGGUCAAGCAGGAAACGAUAUUUCGGCAUCCACAGCCAACACUGCCGGCCAACAACAGCCAAAACAACAAGAUCCUAGUGCUAUUUCGCCUGGAGUGAUAAAGCCUCCCACAUCCGCAGCCAACCAGCAACAGCAAACUACCCAAAAUGCAGCGAACGCCCAAGCAACUGGACCUCCACCAAGCGGCUUGGCCAUACAAAGACCCAAUACAAGUGGCCAACAUCGUUCAAAUGUGCCCAAUAGCAAUUCUCAGCAAUCCCCACCUUCAAAUAACGCAAAUGUUGGCGCUGAUAAUGCUGCUGGCGGCACUGCCCAUAACUUUGGACCCAUAGGCUCAAACACAUCCAAUCGCCAAAAUGCUCCCGGAGCUAUUGGCGAACAACCUCGAUUCUAUGAUCCAACGGCACAACUCAAUGCAGCUGCUCAAAUGGGUUACCCCAUGGAUCCCUCAUUGCUGCAACAGCAGGCAUUUAAUGCCAACAAUGCAAGAAUGAAUGCUCGCGGAACGGUAUUUGGUGGUCAGCAACAAGCUGGAAAUAAACCCCAACCACCCUCGUCGAGCCAACCCAUUGGUGCCGCAGGCAUGUACCAUCAGUCUCAGCCGCAGAAUCAAUCACAACAAGCAGCGGGAGCUCAACAACAACAAGCACCCAGUGGCAAUGCUUUCAAUGCAGCUCCUGGAAAACCACCCCAUAAUCACAACCAAAAUCUGGCUCCGCAAAGGCCACAAUCUCAGCCGCAGGCAGGACAAUCUCAAAAUCAACGUUGGUAUACGGAAUAUGCAGCUACAGGUGGUUAUGUACCACCUUCCACCAGAGAUAUAUUGAAUUUAGAGAAUGGUUCUGUGGGACCCGGUGGCUCGAAUUCGCCUGCCGCAAUGUCACCCAACCAGAGUGGAGCUGCCGGAAAUGUUAAUAAUGCAUCGAUGCUAUUGCAAACACCACAACAGUUGCAAGCCCAACAGCAAUCAGCGGACGAUAUGCGCAAAAUGCCCAGGCCUAUAGGUACUGAAAGGGCCUCUUGGAAAUACAACAACUAUCCCAAUAUGGCAAACAUGAGCAUGGGUAUUGGAGGAUUGGCUGGAGCCGUCGGCCUCAGCGUCGAUGAUACAUUGGCUGCCAUGGCGGCAGCUGCCAGCGGAAUGCCGACAGGCCCAGCCGCUGGAAUGGCUCCGGGUCCACUGCCCCCAUGGCUGCUUGGUGCUGCUGCAGCCGAAAAACAAGCCGCCGCAGCAGCCGUUCAACAGCAACAACAGCAAGCCAAUUGGAUGAAACAACAGUAUCGCUAUUAUGGUGGCGCUGGUGCUGGCGGAGCUGGAACUGCUUCAAUGGCUGGUUUGGCCGGAAUUGGUGGUCCUGGAGAUUACCAUCAUCAACAAGAUCCAUAUCAUUUGGCUUUGGAUUAUCAUAAUACUAUGCCUCCACCAAAUCUAAAUCAAAAUCAACCCAUGAAUUUAAUACCGACAUACACGUAUCCACAUUUUCUGGGUCAUGUUGGUGGCAAUGAUAUGUCUCAUAUGCCAGAUAAGAUUGAAUUGUGGGAUCAUCACGAUAAACAUACCUGGGCCAGCAAUUGGACCAAUUGAUGAUGCAAACGUAAGACAAGCCAGUGAAUGGAGAACAGCAACAGCAAAACACCAACACCAUUAUAUUACUUACAACAUUAAAUAGAAAAGCAAAAACGCAUCAACAACAAAACAAAUCGAAAAACACCAGAAAUCCAGUUACGAGAAAGCUAAGCAAGCAUGUGGCAGCGCUAAAGGAAGAAAAAAAAACAAACACCAACCGUAUAACGCUGUUUACGCUAUUUACCCCUGCUCUUCAACGUUCAACAAUCAAUCACCCCCUCCCUGGAGAUGAGAAUGAGUAAUAAUAUUAUAUAAUAUUAUGGCAAACUUUCCUCUACAAGAAAAGAUAAGAAAAGAAAAACAGCAGCAACAAGAAUAAGAAGCAAACAAAACAAUCAUUACUUCGUUUAUUUAUAGUUAU